CUCUGCGGUUCCGUGCGGUGCGGCUCGAGCGCGGAGCCCGGAAGCAGGAAACAGUCAAACUGGAUUUUUAAAUCAUUGCAUGUUAAUGAUGGAACAGAAGCUGCAGAAGGUAACACCGAAUAAAAAUCUUCAGAAACUUUGCUUCACAUAAGAGAAGAAGGAAAACUGACCGAUCAUCAUCUUAGAGUCUUAAAGUAGAAUUUUUAAAAAAGAAAGCAAAAUAGGAAACUAUAGCUGCCAACAUUGAUUUGGCUUUUGGAAUCACCCUUUGUUUCUCAGAAGGACUUAUAUGCAUCUAUGAGCUUUCAUCUUAUGGAAAUCUUGACAUGAUCACCAGCAAGGAGAAGCAGAGCAGUUGCUGAGACCUGUGUGUUGGUCAAGAUGACCUCUGAAGAAAUGGCAGCUUCUGUCCUCACCCCUAUGACUCAGAGAAAAGUGGAAUCUGCCCAGACAGCUGCAGAUGAAAGGAGUGAGAAGGUCUCUGAUAUUAGUAUUCCAAAGGCACAUGGCAUCAGGCAGAGCAGGCAGACGCCCAUCUCACAAUGGGACAAUCUUAAAGAAGAAUCUUCUGGAAGCAGUUUGCCUAAGGUACUUUCAGUAGCAAGGGAGAAAAUAGUGAGCGAUGAGAACCUUAAUGAAAAGUGCUGGGAGAAAAACACAGCAGAUUCUGUGAAAAACCUUAACACGAACUGCAGCAGUAUAUUGGGAAACCAUCAGCGUGUCCUCCCUCAGAGCCAGUUUUAUGAAACAUGCAACUCUGCCAUAGAGGAAGGUCUGUGUUUGGAACCUGGAAUUCCUUCUCCACUGGAAAGAGAUGUGUUCCCUGGAAUUCAACUGGAAAUAGCCAGAUCACCUCUAGGUAUUAAUCCUUUAGUAAACCAUCCUGGCAUCAUAGACACCAACGGAUCUCACUCUGAGAGCAACAUGGCAGUAUUUCGUCUUCGUUAUGAGGUUGACCAAAGGAUGUCAGACACUUUUCAUACCCUAUCAGAAAAUUUAAUUUUGGAUGAUUGUGGAAAUUGCAUCCCACUUCCUGUCGGGGAGGAAAAGAAACAUUACAUGGCAUAUACUUGUAAACUGAUGGAACUGGCACAAGCCUGUGGCAAUAAGAAUGGGCAGCUGCAGUGCAAACAUUAUGAUCCCUUGGGUGACAACUACCUGUGCUUCCAAGGCUCAUGCCAGCAGGUCAACAUGGUCUGUUCAACUGAAAGCUUUUGCAGGGAGGGUUUUACGGAAAAUCCACCUGCUAAGACCUUUUUGAGCCAUCUUGAGGAUUUCCCUGGUAAUUGUGAAGAUGUCGAAGAGUUUUUUAAAGGCAAAAAGGAGCGUUCUACUUUGCUAGUCAGGAGAUUUUGUAAGAAUGACAGGGAAGUUAAGAAAUCUGUGUAUACUGGGACAAGAGCAAUAGUGAGAACGCUGCCUUCUGGCCACAUUGGGCUGGUUGCAUGGAAUUAUGUUGAUCGGAAGAGACAUGGUCUCAUAUUACCUUGUGGAAGAGACAUGGUGCCUCCAUCAACAGUGGAUACAAGGCAAAGAAGGAGCCAGAGUCCACCAGAAGGCCAGUGGUAUUUGAUCUACAAUGCAGUGAGAAGAAGAGAAGAAACAGAACAUAUAGUUGGAUCUCUUCUCCAUUUCUUCACAAAAUUCUUAACCUCCGAGACAAUCCAUGGAACGAUUAGUGUUUGUUCAUGCGUAAAGCAAUGUGUCCGAGACACCGCAUGUGAAUUCCGUGCCACCUCCCAAAGGACUUCCCUAUCUCAGUACAUCACCGGUUCCCUCCUAGAGGCCACCACCUCUUUAGGAGCGAGAAGUUGCCUUCUCAGUACUUUUGGAGGAUCUACUGGACGAAUGAUGCUGAAAGAACGCCAACCAGGAACCUCAAUGGCCAAUUCUAGUGCCCUCCCUUCAAGUUCAGCCGGCAUCAGCAAGGAACUGAUUGAUCUGCAGCCCCUCAUUCAGUUCCCAGAGGAAGUCGCCAGCAUCCUGACAGAGCAGGAACAGACUAUUUACCGAAAGGUCCUGCCUGUUGACUACCUUUGCUUCUUAACGCGAGACUUGGGUACCCAGGAAUGCCAGAGAUCCCUGCCCUGCCUUAAAGCUUCCAUCUCAGCAUCAAUUCUCACCUCUCAGAGUGGAGAGCAUAAUGCCCUUGAAGACCUGGUGAUGAGAUUUAAUGAGGUGAGCACCUGGGUCACGUGGCUGAUCCUUACAGCAGGAUCAAUGGAGGAGAAGCGGGAAGUCUUCUCAUAUUUGGUGCAUGUGGCCAAAUGCUGCUGGAACAUGGGCAACUACAAUGCUGUCAUGGAGUUCUUGGCUGGCCUCAGGUCAAGGAAAGUUUUAAAAAUGUGGCAGUUUAUGGACCAGUCUGACAUCGAAACCAUGAGGAGUUUAAAGGAUGCCAUGGCUCAGCAUGAGUCCUCCCUGGAGUACAGGAAGGUGGUGACCCGGGCCCUGCACAUUCCGGGUUGUAAGGUGGUCCCAUUCUGUGGCGUGUUUCUGAAAGAGCUUUGUGAAGUGCUCGACGGAACCUCUGGUCUCCUGAAGCUUUGCCCGCGGUACAACUCCCAGGAAGAGGCUUUAGAGUUUGUAGCAGAUUACAGCGGGCAAGAUAAUUUCUUACAACGAGUGGGACAAAACGGCUUAAAGAACCCAGAGAAGGAGUCCACUGUCAACAGCAUCUUCCAGAUCAUCAGGAGCUGUAGCCGGAGUCUGGAGGCGGAAGAGGAGGACAGCCCCAGCGAAGGGGACAGCUCUAGGAAGAACUCCUUGAAGGAUAAAACCCGAUGGCAGUUUAUAAUCGGAGAUUUGUUGGAUUCAGAAAAUGACAUCUUUGAGCACUCUAAAGACUGUGACCCUCACAGAUCAGAAGAGUCACAGAAGGCCUUCGACCAUGGGACAGAGCUCAUCCCAUGGUAUGUGCUGUCCAUCCAAGCCGAUGUGCAUCAGUUCUUGCUGCAGGGGGCCACGGUCAUCCACUACGACCAGGACUCACACCUCUCUGCCCGCUGCUUCCUUCAGCUGCAGCCCGACAAUAGCACUUUGACCUGGAUAAAGCCCCCCACAGCCUCGCCAGCCAGUGCAAAAGCCAAGUUUGGAGUGCUAAGUAACACAGCUGAGCCUGGCAAGUUCCCAUUAUUGGGCAAUACUGGGUUAAGUGGCCUGGUGGAGGGAGUCUUGGAUCUGUUUUCAGCCAAAGCUGUGUACAUGGGACACCCUGGCAUUGAUAUACACACUGUGUGUGUUCAGAACAAACUUGGUAGCAUGACCCUGUCAGAGACUGGUGUGACACUGCUCUAUGGCCUUCAGACCACAGACAACAGAUUACUGCACUUCGUGGCACCAAAACAUACAGCUAAAAUGCUCUUCAGUGGAUUAUUGGAACUCACUAGAGCUGUGAGAAAGAUGAGGAGGUUUCCUGACCAAAGACAGCAGUGGCUGCGGAAACAAUAUGUCAGCCUCUAUCAGGAGGAUGGCCGGUAUGAAGGCCCAACAUUAGCUCAUGCUGUGGAGUUGUUCGGAGGCAGACGGUGGAGUACUCGAAAUCCCAGCCCUGGGACAUCUGCAAAGAAUGCUGAGAAGCCCAACAUGCAGAGGAAUAACACCCUAGGCCUCAGCGCCACCAAGAAAAAGAAGAAAAUCCUCAUGAGGGGAGAGAGCGGAGAGGCCACUGACGAUGAGAUGGCGACCCGAAAGGCCAAAGUAUACAAAGAAUGUCGAAGCCGGAGUGGUUCUGAUCCUCAGGACAUUAAUGAGCAGGAAGAAUCGGAGGCAAAUGCCAUGGCUAGCCCCCACAACCCUGUCCCUUCCAGAAGAGCUCACUCUUUGACCACGGCUGGGUCCCCUAACUUGUCUGCUGGAACAACAUCUCCCAUCAGGCCAGUCUCCUCCCCUGUGCUGUCUUCUUCAAACAAGAGUCCAUCCAGUGCCUGGAGCAGCAGUAGCUGGCAUGGACGGAUCAAAGGAGGAAUGAAGGGCUUCCAGAGCUUCAUGGUUUCAGACAGCAACAUGAGUUUUGUUGAAUUCGUUGAGCUGUUCAAAUCAUUCAGUGUAAGGAGCCGAAAGGACCUCAAGGACCUCUUUGACAUCUACUCUGUGCCCUGCAACCGGUCUGGCUCUGAGUCUGCCCCACUCUACACCAACCUGACGAUCGAGGAAAACACCAGUGACCAGCAACCUGACCUAGAUUUGUUGACCAGAAAUGUCUCAGACUUGGGGUUGUUCAUUAAGAGCAAGCAGCAGCUUUCAGACAACCAGAGGCAGAUAUCGGAUGCUAUUGCUGCUGCAAGUAUCGUGACAAAUGGCACUGGCAUUGAGAGCACAUCCCUGGGCAUAUUUGGGGUCGGCAUACUUCAGCUCAAUGACUUCCUGGUCAAUUGCCAAGGCGAACACUGCACAUACGAUGAAAUCCUCAGCAUCAUCCAGAAAUUUGAACCUAGCAUCAAUAUGUGUCAUCAAGGCUUAAUGUCAUUUGAAGGAUUUGCAAGGUUUCUGAUGGACAAAGAUAAUUUUGCCUCAAAAAAUGAUGAGUCCCGGGAGAACAUGAAAGAAUUACAGCUACCCCUCUCCUAUUAUUACAUUGAAUCUUCACACAACACCUACCUCACAGGCCAUCAGCUCAAAGGAGAAUCCUCAGUAGAACUCUACAGCCAGGUCCUUUUGCAAGGCUGCAGAAGCAUCGAGCUGGACUGCUGGGAUGGAGAUGAUGGGAUGCCCAUUAUUUAUCAUGGACACACACUGACAACCAAGAUCCCUUUCAAGGAUGUUGUAGAAGCCAUCGAUCGCAGUGCCUUCAUCACCUCUGACCUGCCAAUCAUCAUAUCAAUUGAGAACCAUUGUUCAUUGCCUCAGCAACGAAAAAUGGCGGAAAUUUUCAAGACUGUGUUUGGAGAAAAGCUGGUGGCAAAAUUCUUAUUUGAGACUGAUUUCUCAGAUGAUCCAAUGCUCCCUUCGCCUGACCAACUUAGGAGAAAAGUGCUUCUCAAAAACAAGAAGCUGAAGGCCCAUCAGACUCCAGUGGAUAUCUUAAAGCAAAAGGCUCAUCAGUUAGCAUCCAUGCAGGCACAGGCUUCUAAUGGUGGGAAUGCUAACCCACUGCCUGCCAACAACGAGGAGGAGGAAGAUGAAGAGGAUGAAUAUGAUUAUGACUAUGAAUCCCUUUCUGACGACAACAUUCUGGAAGACAGACCUGAAAAUAAAUCAUGUGCUGACAAGCUUCAGUUUGAGUACAAUGAAGAAAUCCCCAAGAGGAUAAAGAAAGCAGAGAAUUCCGCUUACAACAAAGGGAAGGUUUAUGACAUGGAACUAGGAGAAGAAUUUUAUCUUCCUCAGAAUAAAAAGGAAAGCAGACAGAUUGCACCUGAGCUUUCUGACCUUGUCAUCUAUUGCCAAGCUGUGAAAUUUCCAGGCCUGUCAACUCUAAAUUCAUCUGGCUCUAGCAGAGGAAAAGAAAGGAAAAGCAGGAAGUCCAUUUUUGGCAAUAAUCCUGGCAGAACAAGCCCAGGGGAAGCGACAUCAUUGAACAAAACAUCUGGAAAAAGUUCCUUUGAAGGAGUUCGACAGACCUGGGAAGAAUCUUCUUCCCCUCUCAAUUCCACAACGUCUCUCAGCGCUAUCAUUAGAACGCCCAAAUGCUAUCAUAUCUCAUCUCUGAAUGAAAAUGCCGCCAAACGUCUGUGUCGCAGGUAUUCUCAGAAAUUGAUCCAGCACACUGCCUGUCAGCUGCUGAGGACAUACCCAGCCGCCACCCGCAUUGACUCCUCCAAUCCCAACCCACUCAUGUUCUGGCUCCACGGGAUCCAGCUUGUGGCACUCAACUACCAGACCGAUGAUCUCCCGUUACACUUAAAUGCUGCAAUGUUUGAGGCAAAUGGUGGCUGUGGCUAUGUUUUAAAGCCCCCGGUUCUUUGGGACAAGAACUGCCCCAUGUAUCAGAAGUUUUCUCCACUAGAAAGAGAUCUAGACAGCAUGGACCCGGCCAUCUAUUCCUUAACCAUUGUCUCAGGCCAAAAUGUGUGUCCUAGUAACAGCACAGGAAGCCCCUGCAUUGAAGUAGACGUCCUGGGCAUGCCCCUGGACAGCUGCCAUUUCCGCACAAAGCCCAUUCAUCGAAACACUCUGAACCCCAUGUGGAACGAACAGUUUCUGUUCCGGGUUCACUUUGAAGAUCUCGUAUUUCUUCGUUUUGCAGUGGUGGAAAACAACAGUUCAGCAGUAACUGCUCAGAGAAUUAUUCCAAUCAAGGCUUUAAAACGAGGAUAUCGACAUCUUCAGCUGCGAAAUCUCCACAACGAAGUCUUGGAAAUCUCUAGUUUAUUCAUAAGCAGCAGAAGAAUGGAAGAAAUUUCCUCUGGCAGUACGAUGCCAGCCUCUUCGAUGUUUAAUACAGAAGAGAGAAGAUGUUCUCAGACUCACAGAGUCACCGUACAUGGGGUCCCAGGUCCAGAGCCCUUUGCUGUUUUCACUCUAAGUGGAGGCACCAAAGCAAAGCAGCUACUGCAGCAGAUUCUGACAUCUGAACAAGACACCAAAGUGAUUGCCACCGAUUACUUUUUGAUGGAAGAAAAGUAUUUUAUAUCUAAAGAAAAGAAUGAGUGCCGGAAACCACCGUUCCAGAGGGUCAUUGGCCCAGAAGAAGAGAUCAUGCAGAUUUUAAGCAGCUGGUUUCCAGAAGAAGGAUAUGUGGGCAGGAUUGUCUUAAAAGCACAGCAGGAAACUCUAGAAGAGAAAAGUGUGGCACAAGAUGACAAAGAAGUGAUCUUGAGCUCAGAGGAGGAGAGUUUCUUUGUACAAGUGCAUGAUGUUUCUCCAGAACAGCCUCGAACAGUCAUCAAAGCACCCCGAGUCAGCACCGCACAGGAGGUCAUUCAGCAGACUUUAUGCAAAGCCAAAUAUUCCUAUAGCAUCCUGAGCAAUCCCAACCCCGGGGACUACGUGCUUUUGGAAGAGGUGGUGAAAGACACACCCAACAAGAAGUCUGCCACCCCCAAGUCCUCCCAGCGGGUCCUCCUGGAUCAGGAGUGUGUGUUUCAAGCCCAAAGCAAGUGGAAAGGUGCAGGAAAAUUCAUCCUCAAGCUCAAGGAGCAGGUGCAGGCAUCCCGUGAAGAUAAAAGAAAAGGCAUCUCUUUUGCCAGCGAACUCAAGAAGCUCACCAAGUCAACAAAACAGCCCCGAGGACUCCUAUCUCCUCCACAGCUUUCAGCCUCAGAAAGUCUCCAACACAAGGAGAAACCUGUGGGUAGCUUGUGCUCCAGUGACACGAUGGAAUGCCCACAGUGAGCAACACAGUGCCCCAUACCCAGGUGAAGACAUUUUGGCAAGAAGUUAGUCAAGAACUAACUGGGUGAAAAGAACUCGAACUUCCUCAUUUUCAUCACAUUUAAACUGGAAGUGGAGGAUUUCUAAACUGCCGCUGUCACACAUGAGAUCUAUGGAGAUGACAAGCACAGGGGCCCAGCGCUCACAGCAUCCAAGGAGAUCCAGGGAGACGCCAUGCCUAUGCUUGCAGUAACUGACUUAGAGCAAGGGUCAGCAGACUUUGUCAAUGGCCAGUCAAUAGCUCACGGCUGGGGCCACAUGGUCUGUGUGCAACUACUCAGAUCUGCUGUGGCAUGGAAGAGCAGCCACAGACAACAGGGACACGAAUGAACGUGUAUAAUUCCAAUAAUAAAACUAUUUAUGGACACCGAAAUUGCAAUGUCAUAUAAUGAUCACAACAUCACAAAUAUUCGUUUGAUUUGUUUCCCCAACCAGUUAAAAGCAAAGAAGCUUCUGGGCAGUGGUGGUUCACAUCUGUAAUUCUAGCUUCUCCAAGAGGCUGAGAUCUGAGGACUACGGUUCAAAGCCAAUCUGGGCAACAAAGUCCAUAAGAUGCUUAGCUCC